UUUCUUUUUCUGUUUUGAUUUUUUUUGUGCCGGGUGUUGCAACACCGCCCGAUUUUACGUGUUUUUCACCUUUUGCUGCCUUUUGGGAACCUUGAUAACCUGCCUGACGGCACCCUGAAUCGCCGAGGACCAUUUCAUCAUUCACUGAGCAGCUAUUAAUCUAUUGAUCGGACGAACAUGGAAAAGGUGCGAAUCCAUUUUUGCUGGUCGAAGCGGCUGCUGUUGGUCUGUCUUUUGAUCGGGCUGCUUUGCUUUGCGAACUUGCAGAAAUCCUCUAACAUGCAGGACUUUCCACCACUCAAGAACGAUAAUCUGCUUCGGGCGGCCCGAGGAGAACCCGUUGACCGGGUCCCGGUUUGGGUUAUGCGGCAGGCGGGGCGCUACUUACCCGAAUUCCAAGAGGUACGUGCGAAGCACGACUUCUUCACUGUCUGCCGUACGCCCGAGCUGGCCUGUGAGGUUACAAUGCAGCCUCUGCGACGGUUCGAUCUCGAUGCUUCGAUCAUUUUUUCGGACAUCCUGGUCAUACCGCAAGCCCUCGGUAUCGUGGUCGAAAUGAAGCCCGGUGUGGGUCCGGUUCUUCCGGAACCACUUGUAGGACCAGCCGAUCUGCUACGAUUAAACCAAACCGGAUCGAUCGAGAGGCUGAAGUACGUCGGCGAAGCGAUUACGAUGAUGCGUCGAAUGCUCGACGGAAAGGUACCCCUUUUCGGCUUCACCGGAGCCCCAUGGACGCUGAUGGGAUACAUGAUCGAGGGUGGCGGAAGUAAAACCAUGUCCAAGGCAAAAGCCUGGCUCACGGAGCAUGCUGAAGCGAGCCAGAAACUGCUGGACAUUCUAACCGAUCAGGUGGUGGACUACCUAGUGAUGCAGGUGAAAGCCGGUGCACAGAUGCUGCAAGUCUUCGAAUCGAGUGCAGAUCAUUUGUCAAAGGAACAGUUCCUAUCAGUCUCGCUACCCUGUCUACAGCGCAUUCGUACGGAUGUGCUGCGUAAGCUGGCCGACGAGCAGGUGCCAGCAGUGCCGAUGGUUCUCUUCGCGAAGGGAGCCAUGCAUUCGCUGGCCGAGCAAGCGCAGACCGGAUACGAAGUAAUCGGUCUGGACUGGACCAUCGAUCCCGAAGAGGCACGUAAACGCGUAGGCCCGAAUGUGACGCUGCAGGGCAAUCUGGACCCUCAGGAUAUGUACAAAUCGUCUGAGGAGCUUCGCGAACUCGUAUUGACGAUGGUGCGAAAGUUCGGGAAACACCGAUACAUUGCCAAUCUUGGCCAUGGUAUCACGCCGCAAACACCGAUCGAAAGCAUGAACGUGCUGGUGCAAGCCGUCCAUGAUGCACUAUAACGACAUUCCAUCUCCAGGAGAGGCUAUGUUGAAAUGAAUCUGUGUGGCAAUCGAAGACCAUUCGUUGCGUUUAUUCCAUCACAGUUCGCAAUCGUUGAACUAAAAUGUUUUUGUUUCUAAACAA